AUGGAGCUUAAUGCGAGACUCUUGUCUAAUACAUGGUUUUAUUCACAGGACUACCAGGACGAGCUCGAAUUUGUGGCGUUUGGUGGAAGGGACGAACUACAAGACGAACUACAAAACGAGCAAAGAAGCGAUCCGUUUGUUGGCUGGCACGAGGAUCUGGGUGAGCAAUUUGGUCAACUACGAGAUUCGUUCUUGAACUGGCAACUGGAUUCGGGACACACUGAACAAGCCGAACCAAGCGGAGCUCAACUCCAACCUCAACUCCAACCUCAACUUCAACAGCUCCAAAUUUUUCCCGAAGACUUGGAAGAGCUUCCGUUGACUCAAAGCUGUACUCCUAACAGCGAAAACUCUAGCAAUAACUCUAUCGAUAACUCUAGAGAAAACUCUAUCGAUUCAAUGAUGGAAGAGAAUUAUUCAGACUGUUUCUUUUCCCAGUGCAAGGAUCCAUUUGAAUCUUUAUUGACUCCAAAAGACGAAGAUUUCAUCGAGAUCGAUGUUGAGCGGUCCUCACCGCCGUCAAUUUAUGAAGAAGAUGUAAAGCCUAUUGAAAAAGCUGAUAGAUAUAUUGAAAGACAUUCAGCUGAUAGAUUGAAGCAAUUGUUGAGAAAGCCACAGAAAAUGAUUGAGAAAAGUAGACGCGGUCGGCCACAGAACUCCCGUCCGAUCUCGCAGAAAGCUCAAAUCUCAAAGGAUUGGCGGGAAAAGAAAAAGCUACAGGAUCAACAAUUGCAGGACAAAGUGUGCAAGUUGGAGGUGGAGAACGGACAAUUAUGCAAGCAGAACACGAAGAUGAAGGACGAGAUUCGAGAGCUGCGUAAAAUGGUGGCCAAGCUGCAGAAAAGGACGGGA